CAGAAGUACUCACAGAUGGUAGUGAUUCAAUUCUACUGAGCAAGCGCAAAAUCUAAGUUUGGUAUAGUCACGAGGAACGACUCAGUUAAACGAUAAUUUUCGCUCCGUGAACUUUGCAAUGAACGAUAACAAAGGUUUUAAUUACGCCUUUGGGAUGAGUCGCCAUAGUUUAUGGAUAAUCGGCGUAUGGCCCGAUCCACUUGCAUCAUUAAGUGAUUUCCACCGGCCAAACAUAAGAUUUAUAAUCGCUAUAUGUAUCGUGCUGUUUUACGUGAUCAUGCCGACAAUAAUAAAUACGAUUCGUGCAUGGGGAAACAUAAUUCGUUUGGUUGAAGGUAUCGCCGCCGCCAACUUCUGCGUGUUGGCACUAUGCAAGAUAUUCGGUACUUGGUAUCACCGUAAAACACUUCGAACGCUGAUGGUAUCAAUCAUGACCGAUUGGACUGUGAAGAAUAACGAGGAACGAAAAACAAUGUUACAUAUAACAAGACAUGGCCGAAUUUUAUGUAUUACAUGUUACAUGAUGAUGAUAUGCAUAAUGUCGUUUUACGUAAACUCCCACCUUAUAAAAAUCUUUCGAAAUAUAUCCCAACCUCAAAGAACACUCGUGUAUCCAUUUAAUUAUUUUUACAAUAGUCAAAAAAGUCCAAACUAUGAAAUCACUUGUUUGUUUCAACUUACCGCCGGUGUAUGCUCAAGUUUCAUCAAUUCUACCAUCGACGUUUUCAUCUCGUUGCUUCUACUGCACAUAUGCGCGCAGCUGGUAAAUCUACGAACGGCACUCAACAAUUUAGUUGACAAAUUAGCCGAAGGAUCUAUAUCUUCGUCGAGCUUUAAGAAAGGUUUGGCUGAGAUCACUGUACGUCACGAACAUCUUAUCAGGAACAUAAAAGUAAUCAACAAUUGCUACAGCAUAAUAUUAUUUCUACACAUGUUUGCUACAACUUUUCAGUUGUGUUUUAAAAGCUUUCAAUUUUUUACGAUAGUAAUAAAGCAUUUGGAUGUACCUAUUAUCACCAAAAUUUAUGCUUUGCUUUACUUCAUUUAUGAAUUGAUGCAUUUAUAUAUUUAUUGUUAUUCAGCUGAAAGACUUUCAAAGGAGAGCAUUAAUAUGAUGCAUGGCGCGUAUGAAUGCAAAUGGUAUGAUUUACCGCCGAAAGACGCGAAGAACUUAAUAUUUAUGAUACAUCGAUCAGCGAUUCCGUUUAGUUUAAACGCUGGAAAAUUUGGAACAUUUUCGAUAGAAAUGUUUGGAAACGCGGUGAAAACGUCAAUGGGAUAUUUAUCUCUAUUGCUGACACUAAUGGAGAGAUAAUAUGUUAGAAAAUAAUAAAAAAUAAAAUGAGUACGUGUUACUACCUCACUAUUUAUUUUCUAUAUAUUAUGUUAAGAAAAUUAUAUGUGUGCAACGUUACCUGUAAUAUAAUUUUUGUUGGGCAAGUACAUACUUUGGCAUAAUAAAAUAGAUUAUUUAUUCAUUAUUUUGACCUUUUUUAAUUAAGAAGAUUUGUAGUAAAAAGAUACAAUUAUUAUAAUAUGUGAAUGAUAUGUCGUGAACAUGUACCGAGUAAAUAAUAUACAAAUUUUCAAGGAACACAAGAAUCGAUAGUUGCUACAAUUCAGUAAUAUUUGUAAAUAUAUUACUCAUUAAUCUUCA